GUGUGGAAGUGACAUGUGCUUUUGGCACUUCCUGUUCAUGCAGAGGGUUGCAGGGGUUAUACCGGUUGUGAUUCCUUGUGUCCUGCAUCAGGGGUGACGGAGACGCUUACGAUUGGGAUUAGAAGCCACGCCGCUUCCUUGAAGACAUGCGUCUGACUCAGCUUCUCGCUGCAGCAUCCAAGCUCAAGCUGCCCCCCGAUUACCGGUUUGGCAUGAGUCGGCCCUCUACUAUAGCGGCACAACGCAAGAACCCUCCCGGGAAGAGGAGGUCCAAGGUGUUCGUAGAGCCCAUCAGCGAUAAGGAAUGGAAGUAUUUCCGGGGAGACACGGUUGAAGUCCUUUCUGGCCGAGACGCUGGCAAGCAGGGGAAGGUUACUCAGGUUGUGCGAGCUCGGAACUGGGUAGUCGUAGACGGUCUAAAUGCGCACUAUCGCUACGUUGGGCGUACCGGCGAUUAUAGGGGGACCUACGUUGCCAGUGAAGCUCCUCUCCUGCUCAACCAGGUGUCUCUCAUCGAUCCCACAGACAGGAAACCGACGGAGGUGGAAUGGAGAUACACAGAGGAAGGUGAAAAGGUACGGGUGUCUGUGAGAACCGGGAGAAUCAUUCCCAAACCUGUGCUGCAGAGACGAGACGGAAUCAUCCCCGAGCAGUGGAAAGAUGGCCCAAAGGACACCUCGGUGGAAGAUGCGCUAGAAAAGACAUAUGUUCCUUCGCUGAAGACCCUUCAGGAGGAAAUCAUGGAAAAGAUGGGUAUUGUUGAAGACAGGCGUCACAGGAGGUCCUUCUGGUAUUAACCUGCUUGGAAGGGACAUCGGUAAUCGCUUUGGCUCAUCGGUGUGUCCUGUCUGCGCCUAAGUCUCCUCGUCGUGGGAUCAUUCUGGACGAUCUUCACAAAGCGUGAUUCAGAGACGAAUGGUUCUUAUAACUGGAGCGCCUGUACAUAACGGCACACGUCAUCGAGUUUGUUUCAUAUAUUUCCAAUCGUGGGAUCCUUUGUAGGAAGGACAUUUCUUUUUGUAAUAAACAUGUCUGUCACAAAA